AAACAACACUCAAUUCUGAGCUCGAAGUAGACUGUCUUGGAGAGUACAUGUGGAUAGAUAUGAAGCACAUGUGAAUAGUAAACAUGCGCUGUCAAUCUAACUCUACUAAGUAAUUAGAUGGCAACGCUAAUGGAACACACGCUGCCUAUUCUGUAUAUACAAUGGAAGCCUUGUUUUUAUGACCCAGAGUAGCGGCGCCCUAUGAGUGGCAUCUCACUACAUGAGUCAUCCGCCUCAUCUUCACAUGGCUAUAAACAACUGCUGAACCAGAAAGCUGGAGAAUAAAGACAACAAAGUUGAAUCCUUCAAGCCGUGCCCAUCAGCCUAAAUAAAACUUUUGUUUCUUGGCGCUCAAAUACCCCGAAAAUGGAUGAUUCGCUCGGACCGCCUGUAGCGUCAGCUGAACCGGCCCUUCUGCCGCCACGGACGCCUCUCCACGGCCGCUACACAUCUGUGGUUCCGCUACAGCCUGAACAUUGGAGAGCAAUAUACAAGCAUCUUGGAGGAGGAGAAAACGCCUGGAGAUGGAAGUACAUGCCGCUUGAGGGCCUCUUGACGGAGGAGGCAUGUGAGUUAACAAUCAAGGCUUGGUGCUCUUCAGCCGAUCCCUUAUACUAUGCGGUACUUUCGGGUCCAGCUUCCGAUCCCGCUUCGGAGCCGGCAGGCAUCCUGUCAUACUUGUCGAUCGUCCCAAACCACCGUAGAAUUGAGAUUGGGUGGGUGAUUCUAGGCGACGCUUUGAAGCACUCCAGGGAAGCGACGGAGGCAUUUUUCUUGUUCAUGAAGCACUCGUUUAUGGAUCUGGGAUAUCUACGUGUCGAAUGGAAGGCCAAUCAUCUCAAUGAGCCGAGCUUGGCAGCGGCUCGGCGACUGGGUUUUACGUACGAGGGAAUUUUCAGGAAACAUAUGAUUGUCAAGGGCAGACGCAGGGACUCGGCUUGGCUUAGUAUCAUUGAUGAUGAAUGGCCUGCUGUGCAGAAGGGAUUUGAAGUCUGGCUGGAUGAGAGUAACUUUGACGAGAAUGGGAAGCAAAAGAGAGGGCUGAGAGAAUGCAGAGAAUAAAGCGUGAUAGACUAGAAAGAAGGAUCUGCAUUUGAUGUGGGUUGAGAGCAAAGACUUGACAUGCGAAUUGAUGCAGUUAUUGGUAGAAGAGUGAUGAAUCAACAAGACGCUGUUUAUGACGUCAAGGGGCCAAUGGCGACGACAAAGCAGACAUAAUCAGUCGGGCUGAUGACACGGAACGGAGAUUCGCCGAUCUACGGCACCCGCGACUCGUAUUUGCUGGAAUUCGAG